UGAGGCCGCUAGGGCGCGACCGUCUCCGGCACAGAAAAGAGUUCACGCCGCUCGCGCAAAGACGUCUGGGACUGUGGAGGACUGGCUCGAGCGCUUUGAUUUCCGCAGUGCAGCGUGGGAUAGUGGAAGAAGUCAGCGAAACACUCGUAGAGACAUGGAUGUAUUUUUGAUGAUCAGACGUCACAAGACAACCAUCUUCACAGAUGCUAAGGAGUCCACCACAGUCUACGAGCUGAAGCGGAUUGUGGAGGGCAUCCUAAAGCGAGCGCCAGAGGAUCAGAGACUUUAUAAGGAUGACAUGCUGCUAGAAGACAGUAAGACUCUCGGAGACUCUGGGUUCACAAACCAGACAGCCAGGCCUCAGGCUCCGGCCACAGUAGGACUGGCUUUUCGCAUCAGCGAUGAUGCUUUUGAGCCUCUAAGAAUAGAGGCCUUCUCUAGCCCUCCUGAGCUUCCUGAUGUUAUGAAGCCUCAAGACUCGGGCAGCACUGCCAACGAACAAGCCGUGCAGUGAAGGAGGAACUGCUGAUAAAGGGUUGGGGUUGGGGGCGGGGGGGGUAAAGAGUGUCCCAAACAGUGGACAGGCAAAACACGUGUUUUAACAUGAUGGUGUGUAUUGAAUUACAAAAAGAGCAUGAGUGAGAGUGGGCUUGUGUGAUAUCGUAACUUUGCUGAGAAUUUGAAUCGCUCUCCCUGUUCCUCCUCACGUCCCAUAGAGCACUAGCAGCUUACUCUCACUGUAAUGCCGCAAAGCCUUCCCAUGUUCACUGUCAGUUCACCUACAGCUUAAUCCACCAAUCACAACGUCCCAUUUGGCACAGGCACAUUUUGAUUUGACAACGUUUCCCUUGUUUUCUGAAUGAUUUGCUCAUUUGUCAGACAGCUGUUAGUCACCCGUCAGAGGUGGUUAGAUAGCGGAGUAUUUAAACCUGUGCAUCUUAUUUAAUUCAUGCAAAUGUUAUGUUUGGAGAGUUGAACGUUUUGUGCUUUUUGUGUGUUUCAAUCUGUUAGGGGUGGGGUGGGUUUGUGUUUGGGGCUGUAAAGUUUUUCAGAUGCCCACUUUACCGAUCGCAUUUACAGUAUACUGUUGUGUGUUAAUGAGUAUUGAUAUUAUAAUUCUUAUUUAGAUCCUGCAUCAUUUUAUUGGGGGGCAAAAGGCCAUAGGCUGAACCGAUUCAUGUUACCGACAUAAUAUAGUGUAAAUGCACAUGGAACUUGCUGAACGUCAGCAUGGGCAUGGAUGCCGUCAGGAUAUACCUGUAAAUGAAUACAUAGCACAUGGUUAAGGUGAAUUCUGUCAUUGUAAAUACAUUUUUCCAAUCUCAUUGUUGCUUCCACAAGUGUGUUUAACGUUUCUUUACAGUUUUGUGUUGGAGGGGUUAGUGUCUGCCUCUUUCUUUUUGAAUAUUUGUUUGGAAGCUUAAGUAUUGACAUUUAAUUCCCUGAAUUUGUAUUUAAAUCAAAGGGGAGUGUAAAUGCUAGUGAGGUUUUUUCUUUGUAUGUGUGUGUGUGUGUGUGUGGCAAUUUAAAUGGUGGAAAAGAAUCAAGUUAAAAUGUAAAGAUCAAUACGAAUGAAGCCUUUGGGCACAGUUGCUUGAACAAGUGAAUGUUUAACUUUAACAAAAAUGCUGACAUUGUGUUCAUCCCAAAAAAACAAAACCGAGAAUCCUAAUGUUUUUGCAAACUCCCCCCUAUUCUUCUGAGUGACGGCAGUGUUCCUUCACAGUGCUCUUGCAAACAAACAAACAAUAAGUUAAAAACGGAAAGGAAAAUCAUGCUGCAGUAUCUGUAACUGAGUUUGAAUGAAUUAAAAUCAGCCCUUUUCCACUCCUUG